AUGGAUAUCAAUUCAAUAAGUUUAGAUUUAGGAAAGACCUGGGCUGGAGCCGCCGAACAUGUGGCCAAGAGGGUGGUGAAGCAAGGUGUGGCUGCACCACUCCAGCCGCCCCUCACUCCACAUUCUAGAGAAUGUUGCAAUAAGAAUGUCAACAUUCUCACCCCGCCGCUGAGAAUGUUGACGGGUCUCAACGGAACGCGUCUCUUAGCGCGCUCCUCCGGUAGUAUAGUGGCCUCCAGUGUUAUAAUGGCCUCCAAUGUUAUAAUGGCCUCCAGUGUUAUAAUGGCCUCCAGUGUUAUAAUGGCCUCCAGUGUUAUAAUGGCCUCCAGUGUUAUAGUGGCCUCCAGUGUCAUAAUGGCCUCCAGUAAUAUAAUGGCCUCCAGUGUUAUAAUGGCCUCCAGUGUUAUAAUGGCCUCCAGUGUUAUAGUGGCCUCCAGUGUCAUAAUGGCCUCCAGUAAUAUAAUGGCCUCCAGUGUUAUAAUGGCCUCCAGUGUUACAGUGGCCUCCAGUGUUAUAAUGGUCACCAGUGUUAUAAUGGCCUCCAGUGUUAUAGUGGCCUCCAGUGUUAUAGUGGCCUACAGUGUUAUAAUGGCCUCCAGUAAUAUAAUGGCCUCCAGUAAUAUAAUGGCCUCCAGUAAUAUAAUGGCCUCCAGUAAUAUAAUGGCCGCCAGUAAUAUAAGGACCUCGAGUGUUAUAAUGGCCUCCAGUGUUAUAGUGGCCUCCAGUGUUAUAGUGGCCUCCAGUGUUAUAAUAGCCUCCAGUAAUAUAAUGGCCUCCAGUAAUAUAAUGGCCGCCAGUAAUAUAAGGACCUCCAGUGUUAUAAUGGCCUCCAGUGUUAUAGUGGCCUCCAGUGUUAUAGUGGCCUCCAGUGUUACAGUGGCCUCCAGUGUUAUAAUGGCCUCCAGUGUUAUAAUGGCCUCCAGUGUUAUAAUGGCCUCCAGUGUUAUAGUAGCCUCCAGUGUUAUAAUGACCUCCAGUGUUACAGUGGCCUCCAGUGUUAUAGUGGCCUCCAGUGUUAUAAUGGCCUCCAGUGUUAUAGUGGCCUCCAGUAAUAUAAUGGCCUCCAGUGUUAUAAUGGCCUCCAGUGUUAUAGUGGCCUCCAGUGUUAUAGUGGCCUCCAGUGUUAUAGUGGCCUCCAGUGUUAUAAUAGCCUCCAGUGUUAUAAUGGCCUCCAGUGUUAUAAUGGCCUCCAGUGUUAUAGUAGCCUCCAGUGUUAUAAUGACCUCCAGUGUUACAGUGGCCUCCAGUGUUAUAGUGGCCUCCAGUGUUAUAAUGGCCUCCAGUGUUAUAAUGGCCUCCAGUGUUAUAAUGGCCUCCAGUGUUAUAGUGGCCUCCAGUGUUAUAAUGGCCUCCAGUGUUUUAAUGGCCUCCAGUGUUAUAGUGGCCUCCAGUGUUAUAAUGGCCUCCAGUGUUAUAGUGGCCUCCAGUGUUAUAGUGGCCUCCAGUGUUAUAGUAGCCUCCAGUGUUAUAGUGGCCUCCAGUGUUAUAAUGGCCUCCAGUGUUAUAAUGGCCUCCAGUGUUAUAGUGGCCUCCAGUGUUAUAGUGGCCUCCAGUGUUAUAAUGGCCUCCAGUGUUAUAGUGGCCUCCAGUGUUACAAUGGCCUCCAGUGUUAUAGUGGCCUCCAGUGUUAUAAUGGCCUCCAGUGUUAUAAUGGCCUCCAGUGUUACAAUGGCCUCCAGUGUUAUAAUGGCCUCCAGUGUUAUAAUGGCCUCCAGUGUUAUAGUGGCCUCCAGUGUUAUAAUGGCCUCCAGUGUUAUAGUGGCCUCCAGUGUUAUAAUGGCCUCCAGUGUUAGUGGCCUCCAGUGUUAUAAUGGCCUCCAGUUGGCCUCCAGUGUUACAGUGGCCUCCAGUGUUAUAGUGGCCUCCAGUGUUAUAAUGGCCUCCAGUGUUAUAGUGGCCUCCAGUGUUACAGUGGCCUCCAGUGUUACAGUGGCCUCCAGUGUUAUAAUGGCCUCCAGUGUUUUAAUGGCCUCCAGUGUUAUAGUGGCCUCCAGUGUUACAGUGGCCUCCAGUGUUAUAAUGGCCUCCAGUGUUUUAAUGGCCUCCAGUGUUAUAAUGGCCUCCAGUGUUAUAGUGGCCUCCAGUGUUAUAAUGGCCUCCAGUGUUAUAGUGGCCUCCAGUGUUAUAAUGGCCUCCAGUGUUAUAGUGGCCUCCAGUGUUACAGUGGCCUCCAGUUUUAUAGUGGCCUCUAGUGUUAUAGUGGCUUCCAGUGUUAUAAUGGCCUCCAGUGUUAUAGUGGCCUCCAGUGUUAUAAUGGCCUCCAGUGUUAUAAUGGCCUCCAGUGUUAUAGUGGCCUCCAGUGUUACAGUGGCCUCCAGUGUUAUAAUGGCCUCCAGUGUUUUAAUGGCCUCCAGUGUU